AAAAAAAGGGAUCCCAAGAGAAGGGACACGAAUAACGGUGUACCCAACAACAUUUAUGGAACCGAUUCCCGGUUUUUCCCGGAGAACGGGCCCGUGCCCGCGAUGAACGCCUGAACAAACGUUCAUGCAGACGGAUGCGAUGAAGGCGCUUCGGAGGUGAAGAAAACAAGCGGUCCUCCAUUGUCUGCGCAGACAUGAGGAUGGCCUGGUUGUGGAAG